AUGUGGUCCAAACAGAACUCCGGAGGUUGGCAUGGAAUGUCCUCCCAGUCCAGUGGAUGCCACAGCGGAGGCUCCUCCUGCCACGGAGGCGGCUACUCCAGCUACCAGACACAGGGCUCCUCUUGCUGUGGGGGCUCCAGCAGUGGGGGCUCCAGCAAGAUCAUUGUGAGCUCUGGAGGUGGAGGAGGUGGAUCCUGCUGCAGUGGGGGGUCCUCAGGCUAUGGCAUGGGAGGAGGAUACAGUGGUGGAUCUUCAGGAUCAAAGAGCAUCAUUGUAGGUGGAGGUAGUGGAGGCUCCUCUGGAUGCUGCAGUGGAGGCUCUUCAGGCUAUGGCAUGGGAGGAGGAUACAGUGGUGGGUAUUCAGGAUCAAAGAGCAUCAUUGGAGGUGGAAGCAGUGGAGGAUCAUCUGGAUGGUGCAGUGGAGGAUACAGUGGUGGCUCUUCAGGAUCAAAGAGCGUCAUUGUAGGUGGAGGUAGUGGAGGAUCAUCUGGCUGCUGCAGUGGAGGCUCCUCCAGCUACAGCAUGGGAAAAGGAUACAGUAGUGGGUCUUCAGGAUCAAAGAGCAUCAUUGUAGGGGGAGAUAGUGGAGGAUCAUCUGGCUGCUGCAGUGGAGGCUCCAGCUAUGGCAUGGGAAAAGGAUACAGUGGUGGGUAUUCAGGAUCAAAGAGCAUCAUUGGAGGUGGAAGCAGUGGAGGAUCAUCUGGAUGGUGCAGUGGAGGAUAUGGUGGUGGGUCUUCAGGUGGGAAGACUAUCAUUGUAGGUGGAGGUAGUGGAGGCUCCAGCUAUGGCAUGGGAGGAGGAUACAGUGGUGGCAGUGGGGGAUCAAAGAGCAUCAUUGGAGGUGGUGGGAGUGGAGGAUCAUCUGGAUGCUGUAGUGGAGGGUCCUCAGGCUAUGGAUCAAAGAGCAUCAUUGGAGGGGGAGGUAGUGGAGGAUCAUCUGGAUGCUGCAGUGGAGGGUCCUCAGGCUAUGGCAUGGGAGGAGGUUACAGUGGUGGUUAUUCGGGAUCAAAGAGCAUCAUUGGAGGGGGUGGUAGUGGAGGAUCAUCUGGAUGCUGUAGUGGAGGGUCCUCAGGCUAUGGUAUGGGAGGAGGUUACAGUGGUGGUUAUUCAGGAUCAAAGAGCAUCAUUGGAGGGGGAGGUAGUGGAGGAUCAUCUGGAUGCUGCAGUGGAGGGUCCAGCUACGGCAUGGGAGGAGGAUACAGUGGUGGCAGUGGGGGAUCAAGCCAGAAGAUCAUUAUUAGCUCAGGUGGUGGAGGUGGUGGAUCAUCUGGAUGCUGCAGUGGAGGAUCCAGUGGAGGCUCUUCAGGAGGGCAGAUCAUCAUUGGAGGUGGUGGGAGUGGAGGUUCCUCUGGAUGCUGCAGUGGAGGAUCCAGUGGAGGUUCCUCAGGCCAUGCAGUCAUCAUCAGCUCUGGAGGGGGUGGUGGAGGGUCCUACCAGUCCACACAGCAGAAGCAUCCCAUUGUCAUCCCCACCAUCGUGUCCCAUCAGGCCAAGCAGAGAUCUGCCUGGCCCCCCUGCAGCCAUAAGUAA